AUGGCCCGCGGCCCCUCCCGCCUCCUCGCCUCGCGCGUCCACCAGACAGCCACCGAAUCCCUAGCCUCGACCGUCUACCCAAAAACCUACAACCCUUCCCCCCCCUGGGUCGCCGCCCUAGCCAACAUCCCCCCCUCUGAAAUCUGGACACGACCCUACCCAGCCCAGCACGCCCUCCUGCCCGUCCGCCUCCCCAAAUCACGUAAGACCCCCCCGAAAAACCUCUACCGCCCAACCAAGAUCGAGCACCCCGAGGACCGCCUCCGCAAGCAAUUCUACUCCGACCACCCAUGGGAACUCGCCCGGCCCAAGCUCCUCAUGGAAAUCGACGGCAAGGACGCUCGGUAUCGGGAUUGGAGCAAAGGACUCCGACAGCCGGGGAUGAAGUUGUCUGGAGAGAGUGUCGUCCAACGCCAACUAUACCUCAUGCAACACGCCAAAAUGACGCGAGCGCAAGCCUACGACGUUGCCCGCAAGGAGUUCUACAAGCUCCGCCGCUUCGAGGAGACAGAGGCCAGGAUAGCCCAGGAAGAAGCGAGGGCCUACGGCGCCUACUUUGGCAAGACGGUCAACCAGGUCGGCAUGGAGCUCGAGGACAAGGAGUACAACAACUGGCUCAAGUGGGCUGGGGAGGAGAUUGAAGGGCAGGAGAUGGAGAGGCAGGCGGCCUACGCGAAUGAUAUUGAUUUACCCGAGGUGGAGGCUGAGGAGGCUGCCGAUGUGUAG